AUGCAACCAGGGGCCUGCGCUGCAUCUUGGGCAUUUGGUACAAUUGCCGCCGAAGAAUCUCAAUGGGCUAUCCAAAAGGAUCAAUUGUUAGUAUUGUCCUCUCAAUGCUUAGUUGAUUGCGUUCAGCUUUCAUUCGGAUGCGGCGGUGGUUGGCCAAGUGGCACUUAUAAGUCUAUCAUGAAGCAGUUCAAUGGCACAUUUAUUCUGGAUUCUGAUUACCCAUACACUGCUAAACGUGGAGUAUGCAAAUUUGAUUCAAUGCCAAAAGCUGCUCCAAUAAUGACAACUUACGGAACAACAACUAAGUAUAAUGAGACAGCCCUAGCACUUGCUGUUUCAUUAGUUGGUGUUGCGACGGUUAGCGUAGAUGCUAGCAGAACCUCUUUCCAAUUAUAUCAAUCGGGAAUUUACUACGAACCAGACUGCUCUACUGAAACCAUGGAUCUUUCUAUGGCUUGCGUAGGCUAUGGCACCGAAGGAACAACAAACUAUUGGAUUGUUAAAAAUUGUUUCGGUGAUAAGUGGGGAGAACAAGGCUAUAUUAGAAUGAUCAAGGAUAAGAACAACAACUGUGCUAUUGCUACAGAUGUUCACAUACCUCAAGUCAUAUAA